AGGCCUCUUGAACCACAAGCCUAAACACUUCAGCGCAGUGAAAGCAGCGCCGAUUCUGCAAUGGCGGGCAAGGCUGUAGAGGAAGCGAUUCCGGCCGUAAAUCCCCGAGGUUCUCACAUAAAGAAGAGGGCUCUCAAAAACAAAGCUCUCGCCGUCACGUUCAACGAGAAAGACCUCAGCGAUUUCGUGUCUGGGUUUCACAAGAGGAAGAAGAAGAGGAGAAAGGAAGCUGAGCAGAAGCAAGGGGAGGCGCUGCGGCGGAAGCGUCUCGAGCUGCGCAAAAAGAGGAGACUAGAAAAGGAACUGGUUCUUAAUGGUGGGAUUACCCCAGCCACUGAUACAGCAGCUGAUGAGGUUGAUGAGGGUGAUGAGGACCACGAGGAUGAUGAAGAUAGUGAGCCAGCUGUACCAAUUUCUGGUACAAUGACUUAUGACAACGGCGAGAUGAAAGUCAUUGUGACAACAAGUGAGAUCUCUCGAGAGGAGGAAAGUGAUCCAGAUGAAAAGCCAGAGGCAGCACUACCAGAAUCAGUCGGAGCUUCUAAAAAACACAAGAUACCAGUGAAAAAGACCAAACCUCUGAAAAAAGCUGCAAAGCGUAAAUCCCGACCCAAGCUACAACGGAAAAGAGAUAAAAGGAAGGGAAUAAAACCAACCAAGAACAAGCGCUAGCUGUAGGAUCAUGAAGUACAUGAGAUAAGCUGACCAGAAUUUCCAUUUCGGUACAUUUGGAGGGAAAGGGAUCCUCUUCGGAUCCCUUCUACCAAAUCCUGUCAAUCAACAAAUUCGGACUGUUGAAAUUUGAUCCAACGGCUAAAGUUAUUAUAACUUUUAAGGAGCCUCUUGUUUUUAGCCGUUGAUCAAAUAUCAAGAGCCCGAAUUGGUUGAUUGAUAGGAUUUGGUGGCAGGGAUCCGGAGAGGAACCCUUUCCCAUUUGGAGUGACCCUUUGGUUGUCGGAAUCAAACUUUUAGUUGUAUACUGCCCGGGUUUUUGUAUUAAACCUUUGAUUGAGCGGGAUGUUUUACAUCAACCGCAUCUGCAGAAUCUCUUAUUUUUCUCAUCA